GACUUGUCCUUCCUACCUAAGGUGGUUUCAGACUUUUAUGUGAAUCAACCACUCAUAUUACCCACUCUCUUCUCCAAUCCAAAAACUGAUGCUGAGCACAUGCUCCACACCCUUGAUGUCAGAAGAGCCUUAGCGUUUUAUGUUUCCCGCACCAAGAACUUCCGUUCUUCGCCUAGACUGUUCCUCUGCUUCUAUGGCAAUAAGAAAGGAUCUCCAGCAUCUUCAUCAACCCUCUCCAGAUGGCUCGUCUCUACUAUUUCCUUGGCAUAUGAAAUCCAACAUAGGAAUCCACCUGAAGGCCUUAGGGCUCAUUCCACGAGAGCCAUGGCUGCUUCUACAGCCCUCCUAUGUGGCAUUGACAUUCCGGACAUCUGUAGGUCUGCCACCUGGUCCAAUGCCUCCACCUUCAUAACUCACUACAGACUGGACCUGAGGGCUAAGAGAGAGACGAGCUUCGGGAGAGCAGUGUUGACAUCUAUACUUCAGUGACAUCCCACCUUCCGGCGCCACCGUUGCCCUCAUCUCCUAACCAGGCCGUUUGCCAUGAAUGAGAAGCCAUGCCUCCUUUCUGAAUAUACAGAUAAAUAUCCCAUUUACACCAAUGUUAAACCCAGGGAUUCCUGCAAACCGAAAAUAGAUUACAAAAAGCAACCAGUACCUAUGGAAGGUAUUUCAACUACCAGGAGAGAUUAUAUUCCUCAUGAAGUAUCACCAAAUAAGCAGAGACCUCCUGAAAAAUAUGUCAAGAAGGAUGAAAAUAUGGACCUGUUGUCCACAUAUAAACAAGAUUAUAAUCCUCACCCCAUUACUCGUGUGCUUCCUUGUUUACCUCAGGAACGGCACAUUUCCUCUGAUAAGAUGACUACAAAACCAACAUACAAGAGUGAUUAUGUGGAAUGGAACCAACCUAAAAGGCAUAUGAUAAAGCCCGAUAAUGCUUACCAUCCAUCAGAUCAAAAGUUUGACCACAGGACCACUAACCAGGACAACUACCUCUACAUGGGACCUGUAAUAACUAAGAGCUACAAGCCCUUCCAAGCACCUCAGAUCCCAAACAUACCCUUAGAAGGCAUGACCAAUUAUAAACAGAAUUAUGUGGCCUAUCCCAUGCCAAAACGCUACAUCCAUGAACGUGAGCCAUUUAAGCCCAAUGAUGUCCCAUUUGAAGGUCUUACCACCCACAGUCUAUCGUACAAAGGUUUAGCAGGAGAGCCAGCAAAGUCAAUGAAACCAUCAUUUAUAAGGCCAAAUGUGGACAAAUUUGUUGGCAGCACUGAAUUUCAGGAAAAAUACCUAGCAUGGCCAACACCUACUACCGUUGUCAGAAAAUGUGAGGUCUACAAGCCACCUAAGGAGAAGAUGGACCUCAAGACUGUGGCACAGCUUCACUAUGUAGACCCCCAUGGGCGUCCAGCAAUCUCAUGUAAACCACUAUCCCAUGUUCCACAAAGCACAGAGCCUUUCAAUUCCCACUCCACGAUGAAAGAAGAUUACAAACCAUGGCAGUGUGCAAGGCCCAAGGCCAUCAUUCCUCACCCAGAGAUCAGAUUGCCAGCUGAGCCAAUGGACACUCUGACUACUUUCCAGGCACAUUAUGUCCCUCCCCCACUUUCUUUUACUAAGAUCUUCAGGCCACAGAAUCCACCAUCUAGACCUCAUGUGCCGUUUAAUGGUGAAACCACCUAUGGCAAAAGCUAUACUCUGAAGGAUUUUUGUAUAUGUCCUGCCUCUUACAAAGAACCACCAGGCUACAUAUUUGAGAAGGUAGAUGAAAAUGGGCAUAGGCAGUUUCGACCUGCUACAGUAGCCCAGUUGCAACGCACAUCCAGUUCAAAAAUUUCCAGUCGUAGGGGGCAGCCCUUCUACUGAAAGACCCCAUCAAACGUCUCUCAAAACCACCUAAAAGUCUAAACCAUUUUCCAAAAUUCUGCUAAUUCAAUUAAAAAUAUGAGUUGAAUGGCCAUUUCCAGAUGACAGAAUGGAAUAAAUAAGAAAAAUAUAGUGAAAUAGCUCUCCUGGUUUCCUGAUUAACUGCUAUUGUCAGGGCUGCCAUUUGACAGUUGGAUUUAGCUACCAUCAGAGAAUUAACAUGUAUAGUAUUAUGUAUAGUAUGCAUUCAUAAUGAUAGCUGCUUUUCGAUUUGAAGUGCAGAUGAAGAUUUUAUAUGACUUACUACCAAAAAAGCAGCUCAGAAAAACAUUUUCUGAACCAAAUCUGCAAGCCCCACAGGAGCUAAUUUUAUGUAUCAAUUUAAGCUGUUGCCCAUUUAGGACUUUUUCAGAUAGCAAAAUACUUAAAAUCAACUCGCCAUCGAGGGCCAGGCUCCUGAAUUUAGUUUUGAGGUGGUUCUACAAGAGGAGCAAGAAGCAUUGAAUAUUCUGAAAGAUGCUAGUGAACAAAAACAACUCAGAAAUUACCCACAGAACUUUUUGUGAUGUUUAUUACAAGGUAGUAGCCACAACCCUGUGAAGCCGGGUCACAAGCGAUAGGAGUUUUUUGGAUCACACUCACAUUGGACACUUCUAAGAAUAGCUGCUUCUUAUUUUCCCUAUUCUGUAUCUCCUGACAUGGAAGGAAAUGUUAUAUAACAAAAAACUAUUUAGCAAAAUAAAUCAUGGAAACUGCUCUCCUGCUGGAACAAAUUCAGUGGGUUUCCACAUCUGUGAAAUGGAGCUUGGAAUAUUUUUUUAAAAGGAAGAUUCCAGUAUUAAUUUUCAAAUAAAAU